AUGAUAGAUGAGGGCACUUCAUACCAUCAGCAACUUCAAGCCAUAACUACCUUGAGAAGCGACAAAAUAGUUGACAAUCAUGUGGAGGAGAAGAAGGAUGAACACACGGAGGUUGCUCAGAAUUUGCAGAAUGAUAAAAGAAAGCAAGUGAGCAAUGAGGCUUCGUCAUCAGCAGCAUCCACCCCAGAGAACCCAUAUGAGCCACGGGCCCCCUUCCCAGAAUGUCUCAAGGCACCUUCCCACUUUGGGAAACAAGGAGAGAAAGUACAAAGCAUGAUGGAGAUGUUCAAACAGGUGGAUAAAUUUUUCUUCCCAGUGGACUUUAUCGUGCUGGAUACCAAGCCUGUGCCCAAUCCUGAGAAGCUGGUUCUUGUCAUCCUUGGGCGUCCAUUUUUAGCCACAGCAAAUGCAUGUAUCAAUUGUCGAACUGGAGUCAUGGAGAUCUCAUUUAGCAAUAUGAAGGUUCGGUUGAAUAUCUUUUUUGCCUUUCAGCAUGCUCCUGAUCAGAAUGAGUGUUUCUUUGUGGAGAGCAUUGAAGAUUAUGUAGAAGAUUCACUACCUAGUCUCCUGACAGAGGAUCCAGUGGAAGCCUGUUUGACUUACUUCGACUUUGAAGAGUUCAACACCGACCAGUACAUCGAAGAGGUUCAUGAAUUGCUAGACACUGCUGCAAGUGCAGAUUUCCAUCCAUGGAGAGUAGUAAAGGAGCCCUUACCUGUGACAUCAAGCACUCCUCAUGUUCCUUCUCUACUGUCUCCACCGAAACUUGAGUUGACGCCCUUGCCAGAAAAGCUCAAGUAUGCAUUUCUCGAAGCUAACAACACUCUGUUGGUCAUCAUUGUUUUUGAUCUUCAAAAGGACCAAGAGGACAGUCUGCUAGCAGUUUUAAAGGAGCAUAAAGAGGCCAUUGGAUGGACAGUGGCAGAUUUGAAAGGCAUCGACCCCUCUAUCUGUAUGCAACGGAUCCAUUUGGAAAAAGAUGCUCGACCCUCCCGUGAGGCACAGCGCCGGUUGAAUCCCAACAUGAAGGAGGUAGUAAUGAAAGAGGUAGUCAAGUUAGUUGAUGCAGGCAUCAUUUACCCCAUCUCCGACAGCAAAUGGGUGAGUCCCACUCAAGUGGUUCCAAAGAAAUCAGGUAUCACCGUCGUUGAGAACUCUUCUGGCGAAUUGGUUCCACAACACACAACCACGAGAUGGCGUGUCUGCAUUGACUACUAG